AAUUUAUGUUCGAAUUAGAAUCGAGUUAGUUUUUUUUUCUUUGUUUGUUUUUUCAAUUCGAAAAUUCUUGAAACAAAAAAUACUUGAAUAUUAUUCGACUUGACUCGACUUUUGGUUUCAAUUGUGUUUCACAAUUUUGAACAUUCAAACAACAAAACCAGAAAAAUCAUUCUUUUAUUUUUCAAUAAUAAUUACAAUAUACACAAUGGGCAAUUGUCUUAAAACAGUAUCAUCACAUGAUGAUAUAUCAUUAUUACGUGAUAGUGCACCAACAGCACAACGUGAAUCAUCCGAUCAUCAAUCAUUAUCAGUGGCCAAUAUUUUUAAUCAAACACAACAUCAACAACAACAACAACAGAAUUAUGCACAGACACAUUUUGCCUUGGAUUCGGAUGCAGGUAGUUCAACAGCAACACGUAAUAUUGUUAAUGCUAUUCUGAUUGGUAGUACACAUCAUCCACAACAACAACAGGAAAAUAAUCCGGGAACAUUAUUAUUUUAUCCAUCACCAAAUGUUAGUCGACAAGUAAAUCAAUUAACCGAAGAAGAACAGAUAAAAAUUGCACAAAGAAUCGGUCUAAUACAACAUUUACCAACUGGAUCAUAUGAUGGUUGUAAAAAAAAUCGAGAAUGUGUGAUAUGUAUGAUUGAAUUUUUAAUCGAUGAUCCAAUACGUUUUUUACCUUGUAUGCAUAUUUAUCAUACAAAAUGUAUUGAUGAUUGGUUAAUGCGUUCAUUAACAUGUCCAUCAUGUAUGGAACCGGUUGAUGCAGCAUUAUUAUCUGCUUAUCAGACUGAUUGAUUUUUUUUUGGGAACGAAAUUGGGUGAUUGUCGUUGGCAAAAACAAAAUAUCUAAAAUAAUGUUUUCGAAUCAUGAUAAAAGAGAGAUUCCUAUUCGAUA